GUUUAAGCCAUCCAACACUGAACAAGAACCAGAAAAGGAUUUGAGGAAGUAGUGCAGAAAAAUGAAGGCUGCAGUGUGUGCUCUGGUUUGCAUUUGCCUGGGCAGUACAUGGAAAGGUGCAGCAUCCCAGCCUGUUGAUAGCAGCUCAAAUAAUGACAUCCAAAAGUUGAGCCGUCGGUAUGCUGAGUCAACCAUUGCAAGUGACAUCAGUAAGAUUAUGGACUCCAUGGUUCAAAAGAACUUUGUGAACUUUCUGCUUGAUCAGAAAGAGAAGAAAAGCGACUCAACAAACGACAUCCAAAAGUUGAACCGCCGUUAUGCCGAAUCAACCAUUGCAAGUGACAUCAGUAAGAUUAUGGACUCCAUGGUGCAGAAGAACUUUGUGAACUUUCUGCUUAACCAGAGAGAGAAGAAGAGUGUACCAACAGCAGGUGAUCCAGACAUCAGCAACUUCAAUGACCUCCUGAAAAAGGAGUUUGUGAUGUGGCUUCACAGUAAAGGGAGUGCGUUUAAGAAUCAAUAAAGGAAAACAGGACAUGCCGCUAAAUUGCCUUGGAGAACAGAUAGAAUACAAUUCUGAUUUCAAGACAAAAAGCUUAGUGCACCAGAUAAAUCAGUGUAUUGAAUAUCUUGUCAUGUCUCUUUUAAUG